AUGGCACUGCGGAUCAGGAAGCUUGUUUUAGCACAACAUACUCUUAACCACCAGCUCUGCUGUCGUCACUUUGAUCACUUUUACUAUGCUCAGUUUUGCUUCGCUUCUUCUUCUGUCAGUGACCCACAGGCUGGCGCAUCGCCCAAGCCUCUUUCAAAUGAUCAAAGCCGAUUUGGACUGAUCAACCAACAUUCUGAAUUUACUCCACUUCUGUCUCAUAAAGAUAAGGACCAGCCCAGCAGACAACCAAAACGAAAAGAGCAACAUCGUCGUCAGUUGCGAAAAUGCCCACCACAAUUCGCCUUCCUAACCGCCCCUCCCAAAGAUAGCGAUCUGUCCGACUCAGCAUUUUGGGGCCCUGAUCAGGCGCCUUUGGUAGCCUACGAAGAGGCCGUUGAAUUGUGUCGGAAACGCAAAGCUAUGCAGCUCUAUUUCGCCACUGUGCCGGAAAUGCUUGCCUCCAGCUCCUCGGUUUCAUUCGAUCUGCAAUUUUCUUUCUCUCUAUCCUCGUCUUCCACACCCUCUCAUUGUCCUUCUGAUUUUGAAUACCAUCACCCUAGUAUUCAAAAGGUUGGGGCCACUCAGUCAACUGCUGACCAUCACAAUGCUUGCUCUUCGAUUGCCUCUUCACUUGCACCCAGUGUUUCUUUAGAACCCAUCAAUGAUAAUAUUGGCCCAUAUACUUCUGCUGGUGAUGGCCGAUUGACAGCAAAGGCUCGCUUCUGCUUGGAGCCUCCUAAGCCUGUUAGCAUUGAUCCAGUCAACUUCAUUGCUGAACAGAAUCGGACACGCGCUUUGAUUCUUAUGCUCUCGGAUUGCACAGAAAACGUAUCUAGUAAAAGUAAUGUCGAUAAUGAUAGUAGCAGUGUUGGUGAGGUGACCGAACUAGACAUACCCUGGCCACCCGUAGCUAAGCUUGUUUCUCCUUCUGGCUUUUUCCCCUCAGAAUCCUCAGCUAAGGUGAUAAUCAAUCUUCCCGUUUGUUGUAGUGAUAUUUGUCAGCUCCGCUCAGCAGAUUACGUUUAUAAGCCU